AUGAAUGAAGUCAUCAGGACUGUGAAGAAAGAAGGAGAAUGGAAAGUCUUGGUUCUGGACUCACUCAGCACACGCAUGGUGUCAUCAUGCUGUAAGAUGACAGAGAUUAUGUCAGAAGGGAUCACAUUGGUAGAAGAUCUGCACAAGCGACGAGAACCCCUUCCUCUGGAAUCUGUGUACCUCAUCACACCCACAGAGAAGUCUGUGCGAGCUUUAAUGAAUGAGUUUCCAGGAACUAAGAAUCAGUAUAAAUGCGCUCAUGUAUUUUUUACUGAAGCUUGUCCAGAUGAGAUAUUUAAUGAACUUAGUAAAUCACCUUGUGCCAAGUUCAUUAAAUCCUUGAGGGAGAUUAACAUUGCAUUUUUACCAUAUGAAUCACAGGUGUUCUCUCUUGAUUCUGCGGAAACUUUCCCAUUUUUCUACAAUCCAAUCUCAAAGCAAGCAGGUCGUACUUUAAACCUGGAAAGAUGUGCAGAACAGAUUGCUACUUUGUGUGCUACACUAGGCGAGUACCCAUCUGUAAGAUACAGAAGUGAGUUUGACAAGAAUGCUGAGUUUGCUCAAAUGGUUCAACAAAAGCUGGAUGCAUACCGUGCAGAUGAUCACACCAUGGGAGAGGGACCACAAAAGGACCGCUCACAGCUGUUGAUAUUGGACCGAGGAUUUGACCCAAUCACCCCUCUUCUUCAUGCUCUAACAUUCCAGGCCAUGGCAUAUGAUCUCUUGCCAAUCACCAACGAUGUUUACAAGUAUGUGAGUACAAGUGGGAAUGACAUGAGUGACAAGGAAUCUCUUUUACAUGAGAAUGAUGAACUUUGGGUUGAGCUUCGUCACCAACACAUUGCUGUUGUCUCACAGCAGGUAAACAAGCAACUUAAGCAAUUCAAACAAGAGAAACGCCUGAAGGACUCAGAGGGAGGUAAAGCCAACAUGAGAGAUGUAUCACAGAUGAUUAAGAAGAUGCCACAGUACCAGAAAGAGCUUAGCAAGUACUCCACCCACCUCCACCUGGCUGAGGACUGCAUGAGAAUUUACCAGAAACAUGUCGACAAGCUUUGUAAGGUUGAACAGGACCUUGCCAUGGGUACAGAUGCUGAAGGAGAAAAGAUCAAGGACCACAUGAGAAAUAUUGUACCAAUUCUACUGGACCAGAACAUUGCAGCCUAUGACAAGAUUCGCAUCAUUCUUCUUUAUAUCAUUCACAAAGGAGGAAUUUCUGAGGAGAAUUUGGCAAAGCUAGGACAGCAUGCCCAGAUCCCUCCAGAGGAGACCUGCAUUAUCACCAAUACACAGCAUCUGGGUGUCCCAAUCAUACAGGAUGGUGGAAGGAAGAGGCCAUCCCAGCCAUACCACUCAACCAACCGACGGGAAAGAAAUGAGAACACCUACCAAGUGUCCCGCUGGUCUCCCUACAUCAAGGACAUCAUGGAGGAUGCAACAGAGGAGAAACUUGAUACACGUGCCUUCCCUUUCCUGUCUGGAGGAGUUCAGAGGUCAAGUGGAAUGAGGAAACCAAUCAGUGCACGGUAUGGUCAUUGGCACAAAGACAAGACUCAGGCAAGCUACAAGAGUGGGCCAAGACUUAUCAUCUUUAUCAUGGGAGGGCUUUCCUAUGCUGAGAUGAGAUGUGCUUAUGAGGUUACUCAGGCAUGUAAAAACUGGGAGGUCCUGGUUGGUUCCACACAUAUACUGACACCAGAAGGCUUCCUCAGUGACCUCAAGACCUUAACAACAAAGACCUUUAACUAAUGCCGAUGCAGGCACAGUGGCAGAUCAGUAUUUUGUGAAAGCAAGUCUGAUUGACAAUCAUCAAGAAUGAAUGCUGUGACAAUGUCAGACCAAAAAUGGCAUGAGACCCCAAAGCAAAGGGUAUAUAGCAGACAUACCUGAGGGUGUGUCUGUGGACUUUUGUCAAGUUUACAGGGCUAACAAAUGCUGAUCAUUCUAUAUUAGACCUAGAUAGACCAUAUAUAAGUACAUACUAUUAAAAGUUUUCUCUUAUUCAGGCUUUUGAACAUGUAUGCAUAGUAGUUAAAUGUUAGGAUAUUAACAUAUUGAAGUUUUUCUUACUAUUUCUAGCCAACAAUCGAUGGAUGUUGUACACACAUGCUUUAAGUAGCUAUGCUAUCUACACAAUGGUAGUAUUAUGCAUUUAAUAUAGAAGUAAUAUCCAUCUUUCAACAAUUUCAUGAUCAUUAAAGCUGUAUUGUGGUUGUAUGAUUAAAAUGUUAUAUACUAGGAAGGGUUCUUCCAUGACCCAUGUAAAAUGAAAUAAGUAUUUAUAUAUUACAUGUAUGUAACUUUUGAACGUGUUUAUUUGCAAUUUUCAGAUUUCAAUUUAUAGUGUAUAUUUAUUUAAGCUGAUGUCAACUCAAAACUUUUUCAAAUAUUAUUUUAAGAGGAUAUUUUUGCAAAAAAAAAGCAGUCUCAAAACUUGUAUGAUGCAUGUUAUUCUAGGUAUUACACAUUUAACACAAGACUCAUAUGAGGAAAGUCACGUGUGGCACGCCACAAUGAAAAAUCAAUAAGACUUUUACAUUAUGCUAAGAUGCAUUGAAGGAUUUAUGGUAGACAGACUUUUAACAUUACAUUAGCUGAUAGAGAAAAGAAUCAGCUUUAUGGAUAGGAUAACCUGAUGAGAAUUGUUGUAACAGGUUAGGUUGAUUUCCUGAAAAUGAAAGCUAGCUACCUGUAAGUUGACAGUAGAAAGGUGUGCACAGUUUGUUUAUAGUAAAGGAUCAGUGAGUCUUUCAAUACAGCAAAUCUGUUAUUUACUCGUUAGCUGUUUUAGAUGACAUAAGUUCAUAGACUAUCAUUUUGUUAUUUAUUUAUGUUAUUAAGAUUACCUGGGAAGUGUGUAUGAGAGUGAGAUAGGAAAGCCAUGAUGGUUUGGGAGUUUUUACCUGUUUAUACUGUUACUAUAGACGUAGUGUAGACAUUGUUUUUAUACAUAGAGAUAAUAGUACAUAAUUAAAGUAUGUAACAACUUUAAGAUACUUUUAUAACACAUUAUGGAUCAAAUACUGUAUCAGAUGUGCAUAUUUGAUGUUGUGAUUGGUUUUAAUAGUGCUAUAUGGUUGACAUACCAUAUCUUGGGGCAAAGAGCACCGCUGUUUAUACUUGUAUAUAUUGGAUAUGUAAAUAAUCUGUGCUUGUGUGGUACUCACCUUCUAAAGGUAUAUCAACACCUUGUGUCAGUGCUUGUGUCCACCAUUUUGAAGGAGCAUCACCUCUUUCAUUUAUCCUCUGCUAAAAUGGAGAUCAUGAAACGAGUCUGGAUCUUAAUUUGAUCCAAUGUUAUAUCAGGAAAAGAUGAAUAUUUCAGAUAUUCUGUUUAAACAUUCAUUAUUCUCAUGUUAUUUAUGGAAAUGAAGUGGUUUCAGAAAUGGUCCAUAAUUAUGUUAUAAAAUUGAUAUUUUAUCUGAUGAUGUAAGAUAUUGAUUUUAAGUUCAUCAUUCCAUGUGUUACUAUUUUAAUGACCAUUUAGGCUCCACUACAUAGUAAGUGUUCAAUUAGCCCGAGGUGGAAGGUCUCAGUUAAGUAUUAAAUUUCUUUCAGUUGGCUUCUACAGCAGAUAUGUAAGCCAACUUAUUGCAGUUCAAUACAUAUAUUUAGAGUUGAAAAAUAAAUCUCCGAACAUUAUGUGCAUUUUUCAGUACUCACCAUUGAGUCAAGUGUAUGUUUCGUGAAAACCUUUUUAUGACUAGAACAGACAACUUCCUGGAAGGACAUUUGAUUUAAAAAAUAAAAAUAGAACUGUAACAUCACUAUAUUGGGCAAUGUCAUUUAUUUAGCAAUGAAUACUAUUUGAAUUCGUCGGGUCUAUAUUAGCACUGUAAUGCAAAGGUGGAUUUACUAUGGUAGGUGGGAAAUUCCAGGAAGUGUUCAGCCACUUUAAGUACAAGUAUUUGUCACAUCUCCCCUGCUGUUAAACAUCGUGUAAUUAUGUAUUUAAUCAUCUCCGUACAUAUUAGUAAUGAUAGUGUGUAUUAUGUGUAUCAAUGUUUUUCUAGUAGUAUUUCAUAUUGUAUAUUAUUACUGUAAACAUUGAAUUAUACCUUGAAACAUCUAUAAAACAGUGCUGAUGGAAGUAGAAGUGGUUUUCGGAAAGAGGCAUAACUGAUAGAUAUUGUGUUCUCGUCAUGUGUUUUUUUUUCUUUUUUUUUCAUUAAGCUCAGUUGAUUUCAUCAUUUUUACAUGGGUUAGGCUGUUAAUCUAUCAACACAGGAAAUCUGUUUGUGUGCACCAAAGAAGUUCAAGAAAAGAGAUUGAUUAUAGUUGAUUAAGGAACAUUUAUGUUUUUUAUAGCUAUGUCUCCCAUUAGAUAUUAAUUCUUAUUUUGUUGUGUUUAUAUGAUAACAUGAAGUUGGUAAUCAAUGGAAUGUAUUUUCAUGUAGAAUUUGUAAACAUUAGUGUUCUUAGAGAUAGACCUAAUCCUAUAAAUUCCAGACAUAUAUAUAUGUGAGUGUAUGAAAGUAAAAUAGGCCUGUUGUGGUAUCAAGUGACAUGUAUCUGAAUCAUUUAGUGAUUUUUCGUUUAUUUUGAAGAUUCCAAAAUACUUUGGAGAACAAAAUGUAUAAACCACACAAGCAAAAAUUCAUGUCUCAAUACUUCAUAUUAUACCAGGUAUAUAAAUUUUAUUACUUUUCUCCCAAAUCUUUUCAAAACCCCAUGUUUAUCACUAACUUUCCUCAUUUUGCCCAUCAGCCAGUCUUCUUCACAGCCCUUCCCUAGUAGAUAUAUGUGGGGAGAUAUAGUGCAAUAGUUUGUAUAUAUGCCCGUCUACACAAACUAACGGCCCUGAGGCCAUUUGAAUGUAAGACUGUGUUAUUGUUAGAAAUGUUGUUGAUUGUUGAUUGUAUAGAUGAUUUAAUUUGCUUUGUGCACUAAACAUUAAACCUUGGAUUUAAAAAACAAGCUUUGAAUAUUAAUCAACUGAAUUUAAUAGGAUGAAAACGAAAAUCAGUCUCUAAGUGAAUCUUUAGAUAUUGAGAAACAUGUUGUGUCACAUGGUCAUGCAUAUUUCUGCCAAAAUAGUCAUGAUUUCUGGAAAUAGACAGUGGGUGACAUGAACUCCAAGUGAACCCAAUAUUGACCAAAGAUUGCUAAAACAGAACAAAACAGUUGCUUUGUGCCAUGCUAUAUCACCUACAUCAAUCUGACUUGAUUUUGGGUUUUAGAAAUGUUUAUAUAUUAACUUUUUUUUUAUAUAUUUUCAAAUGAUUUAUAACUUUAUACAGAAAUGUAUAGCCAGUCUUGUUUCUUUUCUGUGAUAAAAUCGCAAAGCUUUUAGAGUGGUUACCUCCCUUGGUAAAACUUGCUAAAACAAUGAGAGUAAGAAAUUCUAUAAGGCAACAGAAAGGAAAGCAUUGUGUUCUGUUUUAUGUACAAGUCAUAGUAUAUUACAGAGGACAGUAUUCUUCACAGUCAUUUACAAUUGGUGUUUCUAUGUCUAAAGAUAUACCAUUCAUUUAUGUAAUGUGAUAAGCUAAUUUUGUUAAUGAUUAUGCAAAUGUUGCUUCAUUACAUUCUACAUCAGUCGUUACUUGUGUCACUUGAAUAAACUUUUUUUCUGUUUCUCAGAUUAAAUGUGAAAGUAA